AUCAAAAUAGAAGCCUCAGAUUGUAAUCGUAUAUCUUUUUAAACAGCUGGAAGGCAGUGGCAUCAAUUUUUAUCGUUUCUACAUGAGCUAUUGGAAAGAAGUGCAAUUUUGGCAUACAGAACAUUUUGCAGCGCAAAAUGAGGCAUUACAGUGGUGAAAUGAUGCGCCAAAAUAGCAAUGCACUGUAAUUUUGUUUGCUUUAUGCUUGAGAGAGAGGAAGCGAGUUGAGAUACGAGCUUGUAGGAAGCGCAACUGGCAACUCCACAGAACGCCGGCUACCCGCUAGCUGGAAAAGUGCCCGUUAGCAAGCAACUGUUGUCUGCUGUUACUUUGUAGAGAUUGAUAGCGGAAGAACCGGUUUGGUAAACGCACAGGAUACAUACUUUACAUUUUGUUACAAUCAUGAAACGGUUGUUCUAAAGUUGUGACGUAGUUGGCAAUUGAUUUUAUGGAUUACUGCCGGCGUGAAAUGACCAACAUUAGCUUCUCUUUUGCUUGCUGAGUUAAUUAGCUUCGCUAAUGUGACUAACGCGUACAGUUCGCAGGAGAGCAUUCUGACUUGGAGGAAGGAAGGAAGGAAGGAAGGAAACUGAGAAGCAGGAUCAGUGCGCACCGCAGCUUAUGCAAAGCUAGCACACUUUUUGGACUCCCGGGUUUACACUGUGACGCAUUUAGAAAGGUUGACUAGGCACCUUGUGUUAUAUUUAAUAUUGUUAGGUUCAUAUGAUAUGUUGAUAGCUGGCAUAGCUAGCUGUCAACAACAACAGUCCUCCCGGCUAGUGGACAAGAGCUAGCACGCUAGCCACAAACCUCUAAAGGGGUUGAACAGCUCCAAUUGAGCUGUUUGAGUGAUAGCUAAGUUAGCAAACGGGUAUUUUAAACGUUUCCUUGUCGGACUCUGAUCCGAUCUAACGCGAGGGCGACAGGAGAAACUGAUGGCAUCGGAUGAGGUCGAGAGCGAAGCGGCGGUGAAGGGUGUGAGUGAUAUGAAUGUGAAUAACAGAAGUCCAGAUUUUGUCACACCCAGGAGGGCUCACGAGGAGCUGAGGAACAGAAAGAUAUCUAUUCCCUCGUCUUCUGGAGUGUCAGGAAAAGGUGACGAGGAGGAAUUAACACUAGACAAAUCCCAACAUAGAACAGCUUCUAAAGUUGAAAAUGACGAAGAGGCACUUCAAGAAAGUUUAACCAAAACAAGAGGCAUGCCACAGGAAAAGACAACCCCGGACAAUGAGCAGCAACAGCAGCUGCCUGGAGCACAAAUCUCUACCCCAGUGAGCCUGCACCAGCCACGCUCACCAUCAGAACCAAGUGGAAGCCUGGAGCGUCAAGAGUCAGUCGCCACAACAGAAGCCCGCCUAAGAAUGGAGGGAGUUGAACUUAAAGAAGAGUGGCAGGAUGAGGACUUUCCAGGGCCCCUGCCAGAGGAAGAAGAGCUUGAAGAUGAGCUUUUUGCUGGGACUUCUGAACAGAGAGACACUGGCUAUGCCAUUAACCAUGACAAGAAGGCAAAGAAAAAGCUUGCAGCUCCGGACAUCAGUCUUACGCUUGACCGCAGUGAAGGUUCUCUUCUCUCUGAGGAGCUGGAUGACAGUACAGAGCUGGACCUCGAUGACAUUGACACGCCCUCGGACAACAGCAACGAGUUUGAAUGGGAAGAUGAUCUCCCGAAGCCGAAAAGCACAGAGCUACUACAGAAAGGUGUACGGUCGGUUCAGGAGUACUCGGCCUCGGAGGAGAGGGAGGAGGGUCGCCGCUGGAGGGUGUUUCGUAUUGGAGACCAGGAACACAGAGUGGACAUGAAGGCCAUUGAACCUUACAAGAGGGUUAUCAGCCAUGGAGGUUACUAUGGAGAUGGUUUGAAUGCCAUAAUUGUGUUUGCUGUGUGUUUUAUGCCUGAGAGCAAUCAACCAAAUUACAGAUACAUCAUGGACAAUUUAUUCAAGUACGUCAUUGGCACACUGGAGCUUUUGGUCGCGGAGAACUAUAUGAUUGUGUAUCUGAAUGGAGCGACCUCUCGGAAAAAGAUGCCAACUGUUGGCUGGCUCAGAAAGUGCUAUCAGCAGAUUGAUAGGAGGUUAAGGAAGAACUUGAAGUCUCUGAUAAUCGUCCAUCCUUCUUGGUUUAUUCGCACCCUUCUGGCACUCACAAAACCUUUCAUAAGCUCCAAAUUUAGUCAGAAAAUCAAGUAUGUGUACAGCUUGUCAAACCUGGCAGAACUGGUUCCCAUGGAAUAUGUGUCCAUACCAGAUUGUAUUAAACAAAAUGAGAAGCGGUCAGAGCCGGUCUCUUCAGCCGAUCUCAGGGCAGUGGGGAGUGCUGGGUUGACUGGACUGCUACAGAUAUAACCCGAGGUUGUAGGAGAGGCGCAGCUGGCUGAAGAAGAGCAGAGGAGGAGAAUGAGUAACAGGGAUGCUAAGGUAAUGGCAAUACUGAUAGUUGUACUGAGGACCUGAGUAGCAGAAUUUACUAGGCAGGUGAGCACUGUAGGCAUAGAACACAGUCCAGGGGAGGUGUAUGAGCUGGCACAGAAGAUCACUGGUCCGGUGAGCAGUACUCCCGUAGUGGAAGGUGAGGAUCGGGCUCACAGCAGAUGGCAGGGCAGGUAGUAAGAUGGUGUGAGGAAGGCUGACAGUUGGGUUCCAGAGCCAUGCCACAAGUCCCAGCAAGAGAUGGUCUCCUCGUCCUGAGGAGUGUCACCUGAAGAAACAGUUCACAGUCCAGGCACCAAAUGGUGCUGAUACAAAAAUGGCUGAAACCAACAAGCAGAGGGUACUCUGUUCUUUAAUACAAGUCCACAGCAAAACAGUUCAAACAGGAAGUGACCCUUCAAAAAUAAGAAGCAUUCAGUUCGUUACUACCUGAAAUCAAGUCCACCAACAUAGAAACAGUUCAUACACAGGGAAUCCUAGUAGUGAGAGCAAAGACAGGUUACCGGCAGGAUUACAAGAGAUCAUCUGGCAACGAGGACACACCAACGCUCCCCUUAAGUACUAGUCCAAUAAUUGAGAGCAGGUGUGCCUCGCUGCCUAGAAUGCAUUCCCACCUGUGUGGGGGCGCGACCUACUGUGACAGCCCGUGCCAGCUGAUGAGGUGCUGGGGGUGGUCAGGGCCACGGACGUAACAAUAUGUAUAACUAUUGAGCUCAUGCUGAGAAGUGUCUUGAAAUGUGCAGUAUUUUUCCUUGGUGUGCCUUAACUUGAGGCCAAUUUUGUAUUCUUGUGGCAUUUGAAACUGCUUCAGCACAAAUUACAUAAAAUGUUUUUGCUCUUUUGGAUCUUUGUUGCUGUGUAUUUCUCACUUCCCUACCUCCAUUUCCCUCCCUCCUUCUGAAGGUUUGACAAGGAAAAAUUUAGGAAAAGCCACAAAAGGUAUAUGCAUGCAGGAUCAGUAAGAGCAUUUUACAGAACUAACUUAUUUGUUUAUUGUUCGAUGGCUUGGUGGUUGUUUAACCAACUAAAUGCUCUUUAUAAGUCAAUUCUGUGUGUUUUUUUUUUUUUAGUUAUUACCUGAAAACCACAUCAGCUACAGAUGGGUGACAAAUUACCAGAUGCUGCCAGAGCAGCUUCAGUGCACCUUGACAAUGAUUCUACCAGUCUCUGAACUCUACUGGACACCCUACCAAAAGAUAUUCCCUUAUUUGGUGUUUUUAUGAUGGUGGUGGAGACUCUGUCUAACACAAGUCAUUUUCAAAUGUCACACAGCAUCAGGUCCAGACAUUGUCCAGAGUUGCCCUUUCACGCAUAUACAGUACCACACAACGGGUGAUAGUCCAUGUCAGAUUUGUUCUCACGUCCUGGAAAUGCUCAGUGUGGUUCUGCUGGGAGUGGUUCCAGGGUAGAAUGUGCAGAAUGCGAUCCCGACCUGGUUUGUAAUUUGCUGUUCCUUGAAUUUGUCUGACAUUUGUGGUGUCUGCCCUAAACAACUGAAGUUCCUGAAUCUCCUUGUAUCACCAGUUAGACAUUUUCGUCAUUUUAAAUGACCAUUCUUCUUCACUAUCUGGUGUCUGUGUUGUUAAGGUUUCGCACCAGUCACGUGAUAGAACAUCAUCAACACACCCACUAGCUCGGUGUGAAUAACUUUCACUUGGACAUUACACGGACUUUGAGCUAGGGAGGAGAGGGGUAGAGUAGGUUUAAUGUCUGGGCCAACUGACUCUGGGUAAUGUCUAGAUAAUUUCAGGGUUGUCUGAAAAGGACUAUAAUAGGUGUUCAGUUGGGGUGAGAUCUGGUGACGAUCUGGAAGCCAUAGCAUCACUCCCACCAUUUUCAUAUUCAUCAAACCAUUCAGUGACCCCUCAUACCCAGUAGGUGGAGGCUUCCUCAUCCUGGCUGAGAUUCAUGUUUAUUUAGAAUUUUUCUUUAAUUUGUCACCUGCCUGUAGCUCUGUGAUUUAAAACAUACCAUCUACCUCCGUAAGGCUGACUUGUUUUUUUUACCAAGUUACUGGUACCAAGACAUAUUUUCUCCACUAUUAUUCUGACUCAAGAGUUAUAAAUUAGUGUCAAGACAUCAGGUUAUUGGAUUGCUGUUUUCUGAUGUGAAAGUUGGGGCAUCAAGUAGCGUUCACACGUGUCUUAAAAACCAAGUUUUAGAAUUUGAUGUGAUGAUGAUUGGUAAGUCUGUUCAUGUUUGCACAACUGAAUCAGGUUGAAUGACAAGGAAGUAGUUUGACCUAGUCACUGUGGUCUGUGGUUGUACUGUAAUUAUGUCCUCACAUGGUUCCCCUCAGUAACUCGCCCUCACUAGAUAUCCAGCUUGUUGACUCUCACAUCUUUUUGCAUGAGUCACUGCAAACCCACUCCCUGCUUACAGUUAGUAACUGCCUCAAAGUUUUAUCAGUCUUGGUCACACACAGAGAAAUGCACUGCUCAUUACUGAUGUAUAGUGAAUGUUCAAGUGUUGAGGUUAUUAAUGUGCAGAUAUGUUGUGGGAUAUUAGAACAUUAGAAAAAUAUAAUAUCUGUGCUAUUUCAGAGAGUCCACAGGGUUGCAGAUGAGACUUGGUGUUCCGUGUUUCCUCAGGGUACAAAAUACUGUGAUAAUUGUACUUUUUGAGAAUAUUAACAAAUAUGAAACACUAUAUUACAUUGUCACACUUUUGCUUAUUACAUUGAAUAUUGUAUCAGCUGUGGCUUUGUGCAGCAUCCUGCAGUUUGUGCACCAACAUGGACAUACUGUAUGUCUCUUGCACUACAUACUGAAGUACACAUUAGUGUGGGGUCAAGGAAAUUGCUUGUAAAGCAGCUGGUAAGGUACUUGACAUACUGCUGGCCAGGUUGUGAAUUUUCAACCAGAUACUGUAAAUAUAUACUGUAAAUCUGCUAUUAAUCUUGUUCUGAAAAGUAACUAAAGUAAUAAAAUAAAU